AUGAGCCUGCAAAGGUCGGUGGAAGAAAUCAGCACCGACGCCGAAGCUGCAGCGUUCGCUGAUGAGUUGUUCGACAAGCUCGAGAGCUCAAAGUCCGAGAUCGACGGGCUAGUGCGCCGUUUGUUCGAGAACCCGGCCGUCCGCAUAAAGACUGUGCGAAGAGUGAUCUCGCGCCUUUCCAGCAGCACCGCGUUCAAAAUCCGCGACUUGUCCAAAUCAUCAGGUUAUUUGCGGUUUGUUAAUGGAAUUGUCGACAAAAGAUCCCAUUUGGACCAUUUAGCAAUCAAUGAAUGGUCCGCGCUAUGCUCGUUUCUCUGUAGACUGCACAGAGGCUUGCCGGACUCUUCGCAAAGAUUCUAUUUUAAGCUAUCCACCAAGGUGUUUCGCUGCAUACACGUACUUCUGAAAUCAUUCGAAGCUGUUGAUGUCUCAAUUCUUUCUGAAAUCCUCGAUACCAUCGCCAGUUUCCGCUAUCUAGGUGAGGAAACCUCGGCACACCCUUACAUGCUGGGAUGCGUGGGGCUUAUUUAUUUGUUUUCCAGCCACGAAAACACAUCAGUUGCUACUUAUUCAAGAGAAUUGGGCCUGAGUAUUAUCGAGAUUGGCCCAUUCAGAAGCCAAGAGCUGAAAGUCGAGGCCUUUGCCUUCUGUGCCAGCCUCGAUGAUCCCAACGUUCCCCAGAAUAUCAUCUCCAAGUUAAUUAUGAAUAUGGAUAGUUUGAAAAUCCCCGAAACCGACAUUGAGUUCUCACCAUCUGAAUCAAGCUGGAUGGGCACAAAAUGGUUUCGUGCACGCUCAUUUGCACCCCUGGCGCCUUUUUUAGCAGCAAAGAGUCUAUCACAUUUGCUAUCCAGCUCGUUCACCACACCUUCCGAAAAGUCAGUUCUGCAGUUAAUUGAUGAAAACUUCCCCCUGAAUCAAAUCCUUUUGCAGGCACUGUGUUUCAUUGACUCCCAGUUGACUUCGAAUGAUGUGCUUUAUUUAUUGGCUCUCGACUUGCAACACUUGGAAUGCUUUUGGGUAUUCAUGUUGAUUUCAGCCGGCGGCCUACACAACCUCUCUUUCACCGAUUGCUCAAAAGUGGGAUGGGCUGCGUCUCAGAAACUGAGCGACCCCGUGUGCAGUUCUUCCGCUGCAUAUUGUCUGGCGCUGUGCAUCCGCAAACUGAUUGUGCUCGAUCCAGUCGAGAUCAAUAUUCUUCAGCUGCUAAAUGUGUUAGCCCGUCAGCUGCACUCCAGUCCCCUCUCCUCCGGUAGCUUGUUUCUCUACCGCACCUUCAAAGAGCUGAAGAUCGUGGAUGAGAAAUUUCAAAAUGGUUUGAAGGAUUUGGACAAAUGGUUUAGUACUCAAUUGUGCUUGUGGCUUGCAAGUCCUAAUAUACCAAGCUUCAGUUUAGAGUUGAUCUCGGCUGUCGAUCAAACAUCCCAAAGUUCCUUGUACAGCGGCAAGAUAUCCGAAAUGUGCAGAGACUUUGAAAGUUUUCGAAAACCAGACUCUGUCAAACCUGUCAGUUAUUUUGGGGAAAAGCUUCAUGUUGACUCUACUCUAGUCACCUCUGUCACACCGUCAAAUGAAAAGCUGCUGAUGUGGCUUGCACUCUGCAAUUCGAAAAAUUUGACGACGGCACAGUAUGAGUACUUUAGCACCCCAAGGUUCAAAAACGAUAUGGAAAAUUUAAUUUUAUACGCGCACUCUGCUAAAUCGUUCGUUCACGCAGAGUUGAUAGGAUCAAUGGCCACGAAAUGGCCGCAUGAGGACAACUUUGAUGAGUUGGUUCAUAAAUCUCGUCAAAGACUGGCCCAGGAGACACUUUCUCUGUCGAAUUUUCUUUACACAACCUCGACUGACGACCCCAGUGCCACUCUCAACUUUAUAGCAAAGUCUGUCUUUGCCUCCUACGAAUAUCAAAGGGGUAGAAAGGCCCUUCAGUGGGUAAUACUGACUUUAACCACAGUUCGCGAUCUUUCCUUUCAUUCAAAGCUUUCAGCUGAGCUUGGUGCGUUUGUGCAAAGUGUGGUUGUCAAUCAAUCAUGUUUGAGCCGACUGAGGUUACCAGCGGCUGCUCUUGCUACGGCUAAUCCAGAAUGGGUAUUUGAAAUACUUGAGGGCUCUUGUGAAGACAUUGCGUUGCAGCUAACAAAAUAUAUUGUUUUUCCUCAGACACUGUCAAUGGACAAUGAGAUCCUUAUCAAGUUUUUGUCGAGCGCUUUGAACCGAAGUAGCGCAACUAUUGACACUAUAGUUGUAGCCUGUGCUGAUAAAGGUGGUGACUUGGCCGUUAUCAUUGAAUUUUGUGCCUCAAAUGAACUAAUUGGUGCGAUAAAAGCUCUUGCAACGCACUUUCAGCAGCCAGCCAGGGCGCUGCUGUAUUUUGUAGGCACCGAUGUUUUCGAAAUAUGGGUUCGCAAUCACAACAACUGGAAUUUCCCUUUUGAUCUAUUCAAUGCAGAUCCAUCACAGGUCUUUCAAAUGGUUCCAUUGCCGUUUUUACCACAAGGCGUAUCCGCGGACUAUGAAGAUGCAAUUGUGCGAGCUUCGGAAAUGGUUCAAUCACCGCGCACGGGAUUCAGUGGGAAACAUAAAAGAGAUGACUUGGAUUUGGAGAGCUGGGCUCCCCUUAUUUAUUUGAAGAUUUUACCUUUGGUGCGUAUCUCGGCAGACGAUUGGGAGCUCUUUCCUUUGCCUUCGCAAGACAAUUCAAAAUUCAAUAAGCUUCCAGUGCUACCCCCACUGGCCCCGGAAGCUCUUGAGUGGAUAAUCGAGGAGACAUUAAAAACAGUUGCAUUAUACGCGACCCCAGCCAGAGUGUACAUUGCCAUUAGAAGGUGCUGGCUGGCCUAUUCUGCUUCUGAGCGAUGCUCAACUGUACUCAAGUCGUUUCUUAGGAGUGCCGUUUCUUUCCAGCAUCCGUUGUUGUUGCCGAUACUAGAACAUCUGAUCAGUCUUGUUGCUGGUGAUCUUGAUGCCGUUCUGGCUAGUGAGCUUGCAUGCUCCUUGAGCACCCCCCUCCGUGAGUCCUUAAAGCUCAAGUUCUCGGCAUUUUUCCAAACAGAAGCACGUUUUGUUUUCGACUUUUUGUAUUCACCUUCUCCGAGCCAAGUUCUGUCGCUUCUAGAUGGAGACUUCCCUUCUUUGGAGCUUGAGGCUCCAAUGUAUGCCGCAUUACUUGAUCAAGCAGAGCACUGCGAAGUCUCAAAGAUCCCCAAAGUAGAAGACACAAGGCGAAGCCAGAUUCUGUCUUCUAACUUGCUGGAGUGGACAAGAGCUUUGGAUAAGAACACGGAGGGCUGGUCGGCAUGGUGUGCCAAUUUCUUGGUGAACGUUACACAGGACUUUUCGCCACUUUCUAAAGAUGUCCUUCCUGACAACCCCCAGCUUGCGACUGUAUAUGUUAUUUAUUCUCAUUUGCAGAAGCGUGGAUACUCUGUCUUCAGAUGGUUCAUCCCGUAUUUGCGUGAUAUUCCAGCUGCCCGCCAGCUUUACCCGUUUUAUCGAAAGCUACUUCCAAAUGGCUACCCAAAGCCCAAAUUUCCUGUCGCCAGUAUCAAAAAUAUUCUUGAACAUCAGCUUGCGUCUGUUUUCGACGCUCACUCUGAUGUACCACUCAACGUUGCCCACUAUUUCCUUCCUCAGUUGGCUGAAGAGAUCAUUCCGUUUCUAUACCAAAGUCUGAUUGCGAAUGGUUCCAAUAGCACUGCAUCAUCACUCAUGAAUUGUCUGAAAGAAAUGAUAAGCGCUUUUCCUAAAGUGCGCAAGGUGAUCGUGAACAGCUAUCGGCGAGCCCAUUUGGAGCAGCCUAUUCCAUUCGAAGAGCUCAAGUCUCUCGUUUUGUAUGCACAUGAUCUGAAUAUGGAUAUUGAAGCCUUGUUAUUUGCUGAGCUGCUCUUUGACCAAAAUAAGCAAUGUGACAGAGCGAUACUGGCUGAUAUUUUCAAAGGUAUUGACGAUCCUGAUAUCAGUCAUGGACUCCAGCUGUCUACGGACCUGGACACAGUUGCUGCUUCUUUAAAUCCCUGGCGUGAGCUUCAACUGAGCCUCAGUCGUUUCGAGGUAGGUAUGGAUCAUUCUGACCAAAGCAUGUCGGGAACACGCUCUCUUUAUCACUCUUUUUGCAACGUUGGUAUGUUGCGGAUGGCAGAAACGAUACACAAACCCGAUCUUUACAGCUACGAUAGUGCCUUUAAGCAUCAAAUGUGGGAGCUUCCAGCUCCAGCUCGAGCUAAUACUGAAACAGGACUGCUUUUUGCACUAUUCAAAAACCAAGAACUCGUUUUUGAACCUGCCUUGGUCAAUGCCUUUUGUAUUGCACGCGAGAAGCAGGACCUAAAACCACUUCUGUCGCUAAAAGAAAUUAUCAAGUAUAAUUCUUUGGCAGCGACAACUGAGCAUUCACGACUUGGCCGUGAGUUUUUAUUGUCUCGGAUAGGCAAGUGCGAACUCGCUCGUGAGUUAUCCUGUUCUUUUAUGACUCUACUGAAAGAUGGCGAUGUCAUGAGAUCAGUUGCGUAUGCACUCAAGUUAGAAAACCUAGCAAAGUCAUCGCAGGACAACACUCUCAUGAGUGACCAUAUUCAAGUCUCCUCACUGAUUGCCUCGGCUCAAAUCAGUUGGCAGCUCGGAAAUCAGACAGACUCUAUAUUUAUGCUUCGGAAAGCUUCACAAAGCAACGCUUUAGUGCUCUCAGAUCAUGAGCCACUCUUUGAUCGAUGUGAGGUUCUGUGCACUCUGGCCAAAUGGGCUUCAGAAUCGCGCAGUGAGACAGAAUCGACGAUUCAAGAAGAGUUUCUGAAACCAGCUAUGAACAGUCUUGAUGGCACCAAACCACCUACACAGGAAUUUGUAUAUCACACGUUUGCGAAAUUUUGUGACGGUAGCUAUCAGGAUCCUUUGUUCAUCAAAGAAAUUAAAGAAGCGAAGCGAGUGGUAACAAACAGUGAUGCUAAGCAGAAGAGCCUAAAAGAGCAACUUCGAAGAGCGCAGCCAGCCGAGAAAUCGUUUUUGGAAGCAAAAUACAGUCGUGGUAGAGCUUUACUCGAAUCAGAGUAUCGUGAUUAUCAGCGGUUAAUGCAAAAGCGGCUUCGCCUUGUAACCCAAGCGCUCAAGAUGUACCUUGAAAGCCUGUCAGUUGGAAGUCAGUAUAAUUACAACGAUUCGUCUCGGAUAGUUGCCCUUUGGCUAGCAAACACAAAUACUAGCGAAAUCAACGACAUCAUUGAGCAAGGUUUUGUAACUGUGCCUACUCUCAACUGGAUUCCCUGGUUGAACCAGCUGACUUCAUGUAUGGGCGAAGAUCCGCCGUCGUUUCAAAAAGUACUCUGGAAGCUUCUUAGGGCUGUCACUUUGGACCAUCCUUUCCAUACAAUAUGGUACAUGCAAGCGUUGACUCAAGUCACGCAAACAGAUGCCCGUGCAGUGGCACGAUCGAAUGCUGGUACGAAAUUCUGGCAACUUUUAAGUAAAGAAGAGGCUCUGGCUGAUUUGACACUUUCGAUUCGGUCGUUUUGUACACAAGCUAUUGCUCUAGGUGCGGAAAAGGUACCAGUCGAGGAGCGGUCUUCAUUUUCUUUCCGGCGGUUGAAAAACAAACAAGGCAGAUGGUGGAGGGAAACUCUCCCCAGUAUCGGAGUGCCGAUUCCCACACGCACAUUGGCGGUUCGUGCUGAUUGCAGCUACAGGGAUGUCCCCGUCUUCCAGUCUCUGGAAACUAAAAUCACCAUUGCUAGCGGCAUUAGUGCUCCAAAAAUUGUUCAUGCCACUGACUCCUGGGGAGAACGAAAUACAAUGCUGUUCAAAGAUUCGAAAGAUGAUCUUCGUCAAGACGCAAUCAUGGAGCAAGUGUUUGGACAGACAAACAAUUUCUUUGCCAAAGAUCGAGAGGCUCAAAAGCGGCAGUUAGCCGUCCGAACCUACAACAUAGUUUCUCUGAGCCCAAAAUCAGGCGUGAUUGAGUUUGUGAAUAACACGAAAAGUUUGAUUGAUAUUUUAGAGCCCCUGCAUCGCGAACACGACGACAAACAGUGCACAGCAAAACGAGCCCGUGAACUAAUGGCUGAAGCAUAUCCGGAGGGCAGAGAGAAGCGGAUUGCGACCUUCCGGGAAAUAUGUAACAACAUCAAACCUGUGUUGCGUAUCUUUUUUUUCCGUCAGUUCAGGCACGCUGAAGCUUGGUUCAAAGCUAGAACUGUCUAUUCUCGCUCCGCAGCUGCUAGUUCGAUAGUCGGUCAUAUUCUUGGCUUGGGAGACAGACAUUGCAGCAACAUUCUUCUCGAUAUUUCCACUGGUGAGGUCGUGCACAUUGACCUGGGCAUUGCGUUCGACCAAGGUAAGGCACUGCGUAUUCCAGAGACGGUUCCGUUUCGGUUGUCGCGUGAGAUUAUUGAUGGCUUUGGUUCUACCGGAUACCAUGGCAUUUUUUCGAGAUGUGCAGAAAUCACCAUGGAUUUGCUUCGAGAACAGCAGGAUGAUAUUUUCACCGUUCUCGAUGUGCUGCUGUAUGAUCCACUCUACCAAUGGUGUCUCUCACCGAUCAGAGGCAAAGCAGUACAAGACGGCACGUUCGUCUCCAAAGCAACCAGCAUCAAGCAGCCCGAAAAACCCGAAUCGGACGAGGCAGAGAGGGCACUUCGAGGCGUGCGCAAAAAGCUCUCUGGGCGGUUGAGUAGUGAAGCGACGGUGCGCCAGCUGAUCCAACAAGCCUCUUCACUGGAGAACUUGGCGCUGCUGUAUGAGGGAUGGGCUCCUUAUUAUUGA